AUGGGAGGUGACGAUAGCCUCUUUGCUGGGCUGCGAGAGGAGGGAUGUGCUGUGCAGGUUCCCCCGACCCUCAACCCCACCCACCCUCCCUUCCCGGGCUGGCUGGGUGGGGGCCGUAGUCCUGGGGUGGCGCCCGCGGGCGUCUCCACUCGUCUGCGUGGCUGUCGCAUGUUUGAUGGGGCUCGCACCCGGAUAGAUGUGAUUGGGCGCGCCCGGACGUCGGGGGUCCGAUGCAAGCCUCCGCUUCCGUCUCUGGGGAGCCUCAUCAACACGCUAAAUCACAGAAGGGUUCGGGUCCCGGACGGCAACAUGGCCGCCACCCCGCUGGGCUUCAAACACGUGCGUGAGCUUCCUCCCAUCAGCAGCUUGACGCGAACCAAGCAGAGAGCAUCCAUCGACACGUUGCACCCAGAAGCCAAAGCGCCGUUCCCGUGCGACCCAGUCAUCCCCUCGCGGAACAAGAACAUUAAAGACUUCCUCGAGGAGACGGAGCGGGCGGCGCUGUCGGGCGACUGGCGCGAGGUUCGAGACUUCUACCUGACAACCUUCGACUCUUUUGUGGAGCUCAACGCCGCUUUCAAGCGGGAAGCCAACGCCUCCUUCGACACUAUCGACGACUCGGGAGUCAACGCCAAGUUUGUCAACGCAGUCUAUGACGCUCUGCUCCAAACGCCUCAGGACAUCCAGAAGUCUGUUCUGAAAGGAAUCAUCAACAGUCUGUUGAGAGAGUGGAAAGGACCUCGGACUAAAGACGAUCUGCGUGCAUACUUCAUUCUGGUUCAGAACCCCCAGUAUUCCAGCACCAGCACGUACGUGAUAUACGCUCACCUGUUGAGGCAAAUGGCCGCCUUGUCUGAAGCUGAUCAUCACUUUCUCGUCCACUGGCUGAAAAAGUUGUCGACGCGUCGCUUCCGUCAGCUGGUGGAGCGGCUGCUGCAGUUCAUCUCCACUCGACUUUUUCCCGCCGAGCCCGAGGAGCUCCCGCCCGCCUCCAAGUGCUCCUGGUGGAUCCCGUCCGCCGCCAAAGUGCUCGGCCUUUUCAACGCCGCCAAUAGCGUGUCGUCUCCUCCCAUCAUGCCGUUCAGCGACUUCUACAACAUCACCUUGGAGCACAUCGACUUCAUGGAGGAGUACCGAACCUGGCAGAGCUACGGAAACUCCAGCAGGUUUUCCUUCUGUCAGUUUCCCUUCAUCUUGUCCACGGCGGUGAAGAAGGCCAUCAUCCAGAAGGACUCGGAGCAACAGAUGAUCAGCCGGGCUAGGCAAAGCCUGGUGAGUAAAGUUUCGAGACGUCAGCGCGUGGACAUGAACCUCCUCUUUCUCAACAUCAAAGUGCGACGGGCGCAACUCCUAGCCGACUCGCUGGAUGAGUUGAGCCGGAAGCGCUGCGACCUGAAGAAGAAAUUGCGUGUGACUUUCGUCGGGGAGGCGGGGUUAGACAUGGGCGGACUGACCAAGGAGUGGUUUCUGCUGCUCGUGAGACAGAUCUUUCGCGACGACUACGGCAUGUUCACGUACAUGAAGGAGUCUCGUUGCCAUUGGUUCAGCAGCUGGAAGUGCGACAACAACUACUCAGAGUUUCAGCUCAUCGGGACCCUGAUGGGCUUGGCGGUUUAUAACAGCAUCGCUCUGGACAUCCACUUCCCACUCUACUGUUACAGGAAGCUACUGACUCCGCCCACCGCGCCAUGUGACCAGAACGCCCUGGUCGGGAUGGCGACAGCUACCUUGGACGACCUGCAGCAGAUCAUGCCGGAGCUGGCUCACGGUUUAGAGGAGCUGCUUGACUACGACGGGAACGUGGAGGAGGACUUUUACCUCACAUUCCAGGUGUUGCAGGAGGAAAUGGGCGUGGUCAAGUCGUACAACCUGAAGCCCGGAGGAGACAAGAUUCCCGUCACCAAACACAACAGGAAGGAGUACGUGCAGCUGUAUGUGGACUUCCUGUUGAAUAAAUCCAUCUACAAGCAGUUUGCCGCCUUCUAUCACGGCUUCCACAGCGUCUGCGCCUCCGACGCACUCAUGUUGCUACGUCCGGAGGAGGUGGAGGUGUUGGUGUGCGGCAGCCCUCAGCUGGACAUGAGCGCUCUGCAGAAAGCCGCGCACUACGAGGGCUAUGGCAAGACCGACGCCACCGUCAGGAUUUUCUGGGAGGUGGUGCUGUCGUUCCCCGUGGAUCUUCAAAAGAAGCUCCUUCACUUCGCGACAGGAAGCGACCGCGUUCCGGUGGGAGGAAUGGCUGACCUCAACUUCAAAAUUUCCAAGAUUGACGCCCCCACCGACUGGCUUCCUGUGUCACACACGUGCUUCAAUCAGAUCUGCUUGCCGCCGUACCGCAGCAGGAAGGAACUCAAACACAAACUCACCAUCGCCAUCUCUAAUGCGGAGGGGUUUGGCCUGGAGUGA